CUCACUUCACUUCUAACAGCACACUGUUCUCCUACACUCUCUCUAUCUUCCCCCACCAUGAAACCACCUCUGCCACCAUUGUUCUUCCUCCUCUUCCUCCUCUUCACCACCGUCACCUCCGCCGCCACCACUGUUAAUGCAACUAAACCAGCCACCCCUAAAACGCCCACGCUGUCCCCUACUCCUCCUCCCACGUACUCCCCAACCUCACCCACCACUAAAGGUCCAACUUCUUCCCCACUAGACCCUAAACAAAUAGAAGCACUCCAAUCCCUCGAUAUCCCCACCACAAGAGACCCCUGCGUUCAGCCUUCACCUCAUAACGCCACCGUCUGCGACAACUCCAAGACCGUCCGCCACCUCAUUUCGCUCCACCUCUCCAACUGUUCAUCCGACCUUUCACUCUCCUUCAAUGCUCUCAAGUCCCUCUCUUCUCUCCGUUCUCUAUCUUUCACUAACUGCCACGCAUCCCCUAUCCGCUUCCCUUCCGAUCUCUCCCUUUCCCUCACUUCCUUCUCCUGCAUUCAAUCUCUCCGGCGUCUCUCUGGCGUGUGGCUCUCGCGUUUCGUUAACCUAACUGAUCUCACGGUUUCCGGCACUCCGGUUAGUGCGCGCGGUGUUUAUGUAAUCCUCGGAAACAUGCAUAAGCUUAAGACGCUCACCAUUUCUCAUGCUAAUCUUACCGGUUUUCUUCCGAGGCACUUGCAUCUGAAUCUGACCCAUGUCGAUUUAUCCGAUAACAAGCUCAAAGGAAAGAUACCAACUUCCCUGACGCUUCUUGAAGAUCUCGAAUUCUUGAAUCUUUCCUCGAAUGGGCUGAAUGGGGAGAUUCCCACAGAGUUCGGUGACUUGAUAUCGUUGAGGAAUCUGUCUUUGGCUUCCAAUUCGUUGUCUGGGUCAAUCCCGGAUUCCAUGUCAACUAUUCCAGGCUUGGUUCAUGUCGAUCUGAGUAAUAACCAUUUAAAUGGAACAGUUCCGAAGUUUUUGUCAGAGUUGAAAGGGUUGAAAGUGUUGAAUCUGGAGAACAAUGGGCUUCAUGGGGUAUUACCUUUCAACGCUAGUUUUAUUAAGCGAUUGGCUGUUUUCAAGGUUGGUGGGAAUGACAAUUUGUGCUACAAUCAUUCUGUUUUGCCAUCAAAACUGAAGCUCGGGGUUGCUCGAUGCGAUAAGCACGGAUUGCCCAUGUCACCGCCGCCUUCGAAGGAGUCUUCUGCAGACAGUGAGAGUGACUCAUCAGAUUAUAGUGAUGAUGCUGCAGAUGAUACAACUAAUAAGGAGAAGCAUCAUAGGCCGAGUAAGGUUGUUAUUGGUUUUGCAAUUGGUAUUUCUUCAAUAGUUUUCCUCAUUAUUUUCUUGAUUCUACUCGCAAAAUGGUGCCGGUGAAG